UAGCGUUACAGAUUCGAUAAGACUCCUCGUUUUUUCAGCCUCUCUUCGAGAAGAGGAAGACGAAGAAACGGCCGGCCGUUCAUUCAAUGGCCGCGCGUCUUGAUUCGUGCGAUCAAGUCGCGCUAGCUCGACGUUGUCACGCGAAUUUGCGGCUAUACUGCGUGAAUAGACGUUUGAUUGCUUUGGGUAUACUUGUUCACGGCAGCCUGUGAAAUCACGACUCGGGGGGACUCGGUAAAAAACCGAUCGGCGCGCGCUAGCACCAUGGGCACGAGAAACAAAGUGAGCCCGAUCAAGGACUUCAUCGCCGGCGGGUUCGGUGGCAUCUGCACGGUGGCCUCUGGACAUCCUCUCGAUACCAUCAAGGUACGACUACAGACUAUGCCGAAGCCAGGUCCCGGCGAAAGCCCACGCUACACGGGCACCUUCGACUGUGCUAAGAAAACCGUGGUGAAAGAGGGUGUCCUCGGUCUCUACAAAGGCAUGGCUGCACCUCUCACGGGAGUGACGCCCAUGUUUGCAGUCUGUUUUCUUGGCUUCGGGAUCGGCAAGAAGAUUCAGCAGAAGCAUCCCGAGGAGGAGCUCACGUUGCCCCAGCUCUUUUUAGCUGGCAUGCUCUCGGGUGUUUUCACAACAGCGAUUAUGGCCCCUGGUGAACGGAUCAAGUGCCUUCUUCAGGUUCAGCAGGCCCACGCAGACCACGGAGGCAAAGCCCGGUUUGCUGGACCUGUGGACUGUGCCAAGCAGCUAUACCGCGAGGGAGGAAUCCGCAGCAUCUACAAGGGCACGGCUGCAACUCUUCUGCGCGAUGUGCCGGCCAGUGGCAUGUACUUCGCCAGCUACGAGUGGCUACAACGGGUGCUCACACCAAAAGGUGGCAGCCGCUCAGACCUGAGUGUGAAGGUGACCCUGUUUGCCGGUGGCAUGGCGGGCAUCUUCAACUGGCUGGUAGCCAUACCGCCCGACGUGCUGAAGUCACGGCUACAAACAGCACCCGAAGGAACAUACCCCAACGGCAUCAGGGAUGUGUUCCGCGAGCUGAUGAAGCACGAGGGUGUCCGUGCCUUGUACAAGGGUGCUGCCCCGGUCAUGCUUCGAGCGUUCCCCGCAAAUGCUGCUUGCUUCAUGGGGUACGAGGUCGCCAUGAAGUUCCUCAACUGGGCAGCACCCAACUUAUGAAGUGAAACAGCUGUACGAGAAAACACAGUCCUAACUCUCCCUUGUGCAAUGAAACCGGUGGGCUUUUCCCUCGCGAGGCCAUGACUUGCUGUACCGAAGUCCAUCCAGUGCUGUACAUAUAAGCGUAAACGAACUCCUUUUAGACGAGUUACUGUUGUCUGUUAGCCUACGAAUCUAUGUAUGCCGAGCAUAUUGACAAAACACAAAAGUCAUUAUUAGUGUUGUUUGGAAGUAGUGCUCUGGUUCAUGUGCAUAUUUGUUGCUGCCAGUCUGGAAAACUGCAUGAAUGCGCAUGAAGAGGGUAAUGGUAAAGUUGGUUUUGUUGCAAGUGCCGUUUUCCUGCGCGCAAGUACCGUUUCAGGAAGGAAGAGACCCGGCCACUGAGUGCAAAUGUUCUGCUCUCAUUGCUACAUGUUUAGCGGUGUCAGUGGUGCCGAUGUCAGUGCGCAAGAUGGUUACCGUUUUGAAUAGUAGGUUCCUCGAGAAAGAACAAAGGCUAGCUAGCAACAUAAAACGGUUGGUUCGUGCGACACCGGCCGUCAAAGUGCUCUCAAGUGCCCCGACUGCUUCCCACAUCUUGGCUAGAUGCCGCAGUUGUUAAAGUUCUUUUUUUACAUGGUCCACGGCAGCAGAGCACGUUCUGCAAGUCCAUUAGCCGAGGACAUUGAGCAGCUAUUUCUUCGUGACCACCACUGCACCAAACUACUGUUUUUUUUUACGUAGUUGAGUUUUACAUGGUUGCACCACGAUGCUGUGGUGUGUACUUGGUAUACUUUGAAGGUUAUUUGCUCAAUUGCAGUUCUCUAGAGUGCUAGUGUACACUGGGACCAUAUUUAUUUUUGUUCCAGGGAUGAACUGCUCACAGCGUAAACACAUUUUUUUUUAUAGUUCUUUACGAGACAAAGUGCUUAGCAAGUUCUGUCUAUCUGCAUUGUUGCAUUCCAGCAUGUUAAUAAGCCUCCUGCCUUAGAACACAAUGUGCAAUAAUAUGAGUGUUUCAAGUAUUGCUUAAGCCUGUUGGUUUUCUGCUAUGCAAAGAGAUUAUGUAUACUCUGAAAUGCACGCAAUUAUAUAACUGCACUG